UGAUGGAUUCACAAGUUGGAGCCAAAUCAAGUUCUAUUACCUAAAUGUUAUUUUAUGUUUAAUUUCAGUUAAUAUGUUACCAGGUGUUGGUGUAUUCGGCACUGGUAAAAUUAUUCGAGUUUUAGUGCCGUGCCUAAGGGAUCGUGGUUUUAAAGUAGAAGCAAUCUGGGGACGGACUAAGGAAGCUGCGGAAGCACUUGCAGAAGAACUUCAAAUUCCCUUUUUUACUAAUAAAGUCGAUGAAGUGCUUCUCAGAAAAGAUGUUGACUUAGUGUGCAUCAUUUGCCCUCCUCAUUUACAUUCACAAAUUGCCGUUAAAGCCUUGGGUAUAGGCAAACAUGUUUUGUGUGACCGACCAGCUGGAUUGUGCCAAAGUGAAGUCCUUAAAAUGGUUCACGCAGCGCAGUAUUAUCCAUCACUCAUUUCCAUUCUGUUUCACAGUCUGCGCUUCUUACCAGCGUUUGCACAAAUGCGAAAAGUUGUUAAAGAUGGUUAUAUUGGAGAACUUACAAUUUGCGAUGUGCAAGUCCAGUGUGGCAGCCUUUUACACGAUCGGUACGACUGGACAUGCGACGAAAUGAUGGGAGGAGGCCUUCUGACGAAUGUUGGAAGCCACAUAAUUGAUAUCAUCACAUACACAACUGGAAGACGGGCACUGAGAGUUCAUGGCAUGGUUCGAACUUUUACGAAAACCACCAGACAUGUCAAAGGCAUUAGGCAGAUUACCAGUGAUGACUUUUGUACAUUCCAAAUGGAGCUAGAAGGGGAAGCAUGUGCAACAGUAACUUUAAAUGAGCAUUUACCUGGACAAUUUAGUCAAGAAGUCUUGCUGUGCGGAACCGAAGGCCAUGUCGUUGUCAGGGGUGGAGAUUUAUAUGGACAGAAAUCAAACUCAUCGAAAGAAGAGGUUUUGUACCUUGAUAUCGAGGAUUUGAAAAAGUCUUCAGUGUUGCCUCUCAACAACAUACCAGAUAAUUCAAUGCAGAAUUAUUUGAAUGCUCUCUUGCCAAAACCAUACAUGAAAGGGUUGUUUAAAAUGAUUGGUGCAUUAAAAGAAGCAUUUGCGUCACAAGAGGAUCUACAAAGCUGGGUCAAAAAUCCUGUGGCUAUAGCUGCAUCAUUCGAAGAUGGCCAAUACAUACAAGCCGUUAUAGAUGCUGUUCGCUUAUCUUCAAAAGAUAGAGAAUGGGUUAAGAUCGAACUGCUUUCUGAGGAUCCAGAAAUGCCACAGACCUUAAUGUCUUCAGUCUCCUAGUAAUGAGUAAAUGGUUGUUAUCUGUACAAAUUAACUGUAUUAAAACAAAGCCAAUAUUGAGUUAUAGUAUUAUAAUUUCAUUUGUUGGUUAUUAUUUGAGAACUUUUCCAUUGUAGGUACGCCACAGCAUGUUUUUGAUCUUAACAAUUAUUUUUCCUUCUUAUAAAAAAUAAAUUGUAUGUUAUGCCAGGUUUAGGCAAAGUUACAUAUAAAUUACUCAUUUGGCGAUACCAUGCAUCAUUUUCUUUUUAAAGGAUUUCAAAUGAAGAACAAAUAUUCCAUUAAAAAAAACUAUUAAUAAUUAAAUCAAGCCAUUUAAUGAGAAAUAAACCACCAAAUAAGAAACUAAGGUAACGGCACCAGUAAACAGACAAGGGUCCAGUAAUAGAUAUUCGUAAGUUUGGAUUUAAAUAAUAAGAAUUUUAGGCUGGUAAAACUGAUGUUGCUGCGACCCAUGAAUAGUGCAACCAUCUAGUGUUAUCAGAGUGAAUUUUAUGAGCCAGUUGGUAUUUAAAAGACAGUGGUGGAAGGUUUUUAACAGCCACCACAAGGUCUGCUGGUGUUUCAUGUUCAAUAUUAUUAAGUAACUAUAACUACUACUAUUAAGUAACAUGAAAGAUCUCAUUAAAUUAAUUCAUCAAAUCUUUUAAUUGUUCCAUUGAUAUGUUCAGCUAAGAAAAAUUAUCAAAUCAUAAAUAAACAUUAAAAGCUUAGAGCAUGAAUUAGUAACUGAAGGGAGCAAAGUCCAAGCAUUAGUGUAGGAAAAGCUGAGUUGGAUCACACAAGUCACAUGGUUCAACUUCGACAAAUACGAGAAACCUGAUUUCUUCCAAUACUUUACUUUCAAAUAUGUAACAUGACUUGAUAUCCUUGCUUCAAAAUUUGAAAGCUUCACUUUCUACCACCUUUAUUCCUUUUCAAAAGAUUAAAGUUCCAUUAAAAUAUCAGUUUAGAAAAACAGAAGCAAAUAUGGUGAUGUUCAAUGCACAAUUUUUAAAUUUUUGACAAAAUAAAACGUAACAAGUUGCCAAUCCAAGUGAUGUACCUAUAACGGAAAAGUACUAUUAUUUAGAUGAGAAAAAUGCUUAUAAAUAACUAUGUAUGAAUCUGUAAAUAUAACAUAGGAAUUGAGAAUAUUUAAUGCAGUGGCAUUGAGUCUGAUCUAUACAGACAGUGAUAUCCUAAGUAUGUUUAAAUCAAGAUAAUGAAGUAUCAUUAAAUGUUCUUAACAUUAAA